AUGGACGUUGUCGAGCGAGCCUGCGCGGCCUUUGCCGCGAGCACGUCGUCGGCCGAGCGCCAGGCCGCGGAAGAGGUCCUCAUGGCCUUCAAGCAGAGCCCGAACGCGCGCGUCGACGCCCUCCACCUGCUCACGCACAGCAACGUGCCCCUCGCCCAGUUCCACGCGCUCACGACGCUGCGCGAGCUCAGCCUCCUGGACCGCGUCUCGCCCGCCGAGCGCUCGGAGGCCAUCCACUUCUUGCUGCAGCACGCCUGCAGCGCCUACGCGCAGCUGCCUCCGUUCGUGGCGACGCCGCUCCUCGUGACAACGGCCGUCUUGAUGAAGCGCAACUGGCUCGCGCUGCCCGCGCCCGACCGGCACCAGCUCCUCACCAACAUUGCUGGCCUGUACCAGUCGACCGACGUGCCGCAGGCCAACCUCAUUGCGACCAAGCUCCUUCUCGCGUUUGUCUCGGAAAUGACGGGCGGCUCGGACAAGAAGGCGUCGGCGAUGGGCCAGCCGCUGGCGUUCCACCAAGCGUGUCGCCGGGCGCUCGAGGACGACGGGCUGCGCGACAUUUUGGCGCUGGCGCUGUCGCUCAUCCAGCAGCCGCUCGCACCAGAGGUGCUCCACCACGCGUAUCUUCUCUGCGUCGAGGUCCUUGGCUGGCACGAAAUCAUGAGCGAUGGUCCGCAGAGCACCACGUCGUGCUUGAUCGUUCUGCCCAACGACCACUGGAAGCCGCUGCUGCUGCAGCCAGAGACUUUGCUCCACGCGAUGCAGCAGAGCUACACACAGUACCCGAACGAAGCCAACCUCCGGCACGCGAUCCGCCAGUUCAUUCUGCAGCUGGCGUCGCUCUCGGGCGGCCUCUUUGCGUCGACGGCCGAGCACCUCUCUUACCUCCAGAGCUUCUUUGGUCGAGCGCUCAGCCUCUUGGAGAACCACCUCGGAAGCGCGACGAAGGAAGCCGAGGUCAUUGAUCUGUGCCAGCUCACGCUGCGCAUCUGCAGCAACUGGGGCUGCCUCAAGACAACCGAGAUGGCGGCGCCGCUCAUUGAAGCGAGCACGCGCCUCAGCUGCACCUUGCUGCAGCUCGCGAUCGCAGACGCGGGCGAGACGUCGACGGCGUCGGACCUCUGGGAGAUGGAAGGCCUCGACGUGCUCAUGGACGCGUGGAGCAUCGUCAUUCGCCAGUGCGGCGACACGCACCCGAGCCUCCACAACGCGACCACGUCGGUCGUCUCGCUCUACUUGCAGCUGCGCCUUCGCAUGUGCGGCCUCGACGCCGACGAAGACGAGCUCGACGACAUGGAAGAGCAGGUGAGCAAGACCGUCGUGGAGCAGGUCGAGCUCGUUUCGGCGCUCGCCCGGCUUCAGCCGACACAGACGCUCACGCUCCUUCGCACACUUCUCACGGACGCGAUUGCAGAGCGCGCGCGGUUCCCGCAGCCCGACGUCGCCAACCCCGCGUACAGCCAGCUCCUCGAGCGGCUGCAUUUCCUCGUCCUCUUUUCCGGCAUCGUCCUCGCCGACGACUACCAUGGCGAGACGCCCGAGAUGCCCCAUUGCUACGCGGGCGUCGCGCCGCUCGUUGUCGACGUCCUCGGGCAGCUGCGCCAGCCGGCGUCGCCCGCGCUGAGUCCGUUCCUCUCGGAGCAGCUCCUCCAGACGCUCACGCGCGUGAGCAUGACGUACUUUUGCCGCGACGCGACGGCGAUUGCAGCUGCGUUUCCGCCGGCGUCGAUCGUGCAAGUGCUGCUGCAGACCGCGUCCGUGUACCUCACGUCGUGGCCGUCGCAGCCGCACGUGGUUGCAAACGUGGUUGAGAACCUCUUGACGCUUCCGAAUACGACCGCCGCGACGCACGCGCUGAGCUCGCCGCCCUUUGAGACGCUCGUGCGUGCUGCGUUUACGCCGACCGAUCCGACGCUGCGUCGCCUGCCGUCGCAAAGCCGUGGCAGCGUCAUCGAAGCGCUCGUGCGCAUCCUCGUCGUCUCGCCGUCAUCGGCAUGCAGCCUUGGACCGCUCACGGCGCCAUGGCUCGAGGUCCUCCAGAGCCUCGCGGCGACGGCCAAGCCCAACACGGCCCAUGAAGUCCAGGUCGAGCUGCUUCUGGAGAUGCUCUCGGGCGUCGCGCGGGCGACGGAGAGCCGCAGUCACGGCUACAUCACGCAGAUCGUGUUACCCUUCUUUCCGAUCGUUGUGCAGUUGCUCCACACGUACCACGGCGUCGCCGUCCUCGUCGCACUCGUGCUCAAGUUUGCGUGCGACUUUGUCGAGGCCAACCUCGCGUACGUCGAGGCGAGUGACGCGCUGUGCGUCUACAACGGGUGCCACGAACUCAUCCGCACGUACUGCCGCUACAACCAAGGUGCGUCGACCCACAGCGCCAACGCCGAGGAGGAGAACUUUGAAGACGUGCUCAUGCUGCUCACGCUGCUGAGCCACUUGGUCUCGAAGGACGUCAUUGACUUUGCCGACACGACGACCUCGAACUCGGCGACGAUCGUUGCGGAUGUGGUGUUUGCCGGCCUCCACCAAGUGGUUCCGCUCAUGACGGCGGCCUUGCUGCAGUACCCGCGACUCAGCCUCCAGUAUUUUACACUCGUCUCAUACCUCGUGGACGUCUACCCCGAGAAGCUCUUGCUCCUCUCGCCGGCGCUCCUCGACAUGCUUCUCCAGUCGCUCGUCGUCGGCAUGCAGCACACGACGCCCGAGAUCGUGCGCUAUAGCUUCCAGGCGGUCGGCGAGCUCGCGGCGUACCACUACAAGCACCCGACACCCAACGCGGGCCUCUUCAUGACGUUUGUCAACGGCAUCUUCCGCAUGCUCGUCUUCGAGAGCUGCGCCAGCAACGUCCUCGAUGGCUGCGCCGUCGCGCUCUACCCGCUUCUGCUCUUGUUGCGCGGUCAGUUUUUUCAAAUCGCCACCGACUUUUGCGCUGCCAACGAGAUGGGCCCCGAGCUGCGGGAGCAGGUCAUGGCGGCCUUUAGCCAGCUCAGCCAGCACGUCGUCGAGGGCGACUCGGUCGGCGCCACGCGCAAGCUCCGCGCGGCGUUCAAGUCGCAGGUCUACGCGUUCGCGGCCCAUGUCCGCGGGUACAUUCAGAUGAAGUAG